AUGGAUGAAAAUAAUUGUUUUAAUGAUAAUUAUUAUUUACCAAUGGGCGACAAUUAUUUUGGCAGCAAACCUUUUAAUACACCUAAUAUAAAUGAAUCUUUUACAUCAGAAAUAUCAAAUACUAUGUCCGAAGUAUCAAAUGUUACUGAAAUAUCAGAUACGACAUCUGAAACUUCAAAUAAUUUUGAUAUUAUAGAUGAAACAUCUAACACUUCUAGUUUUUCACGGUCUGACGUUUGGAAAUUUUUUGAUAAAGAGAAAAAAGAUAAAACCAUUACUGCGAAAUGCAAACAUUGUCUAAAUGUUAGAUAUUCUAUCAUUAAAG